AUGGCAACACGAAAUGCUUCAUCCAAAUAUGACUUUGUUAAGGUGAAGGUCUGGCUAGGUGAUAAUGACGAUCAUUACUAUGUUCUCUCCAGAUUUUUGCUCAGUCGAAUGUUAAUGGUCACUAAGAUACCAAAUCACGUGGCAGUUAAAAUUGCCCUUGAUCUGAAAAAGCUUCUUGUUGACAACAGCCUUCUUGAUGUCUCUCAGGCAGAUUUAGAGGCAAACUUGUUUAAGCUUAUGGAGCGGAGAGGUUUUGGAGAAGAGUAUAUAAAGCGUUAUAAAAUGAUGACAAGAUUUUACCACCAGAGAAUUCCUCUUGUUAUUCUUGUUUGUGGUACUGCCUGUGUUGGGAAGUCUACUAUUGCUACACAACUAGCACAAAGGCUGAACUUGCCAAAUGUCUUGGAGACAGAAAUGGUGUAUGAAUUGCUUCGCACAUCAACAGAUGCACCUUUGAUGUCUCCUCCAGUAUGGGCACGAGAUUUCGGCUCAUCUGAGGAGCUAAUAACUGAAUUUUGCAGAGAAUGCAGAAUAAUAUGGAAAGGUUUGGCUGGCGAUUUGAAAAAGGCAAUGAAAGAUGGUAAACCGAUUAUAAUUGAGGGAAUACAUUUAGAUCCUAGAAUAUACCUGAUGGAAGAAGAGCAUAAAUUACUAUCACUGCCUCCUGUAGACCAUGAAGACCUAAACUUUUCAAAGGUAAAAGACCAUAAAGAAAUACAAAGGGAAAGCAAUUCCAGUAUUGAACUUGGCAGUCAGAGUGACGCUAAAGAUCACUAUCUUGAGAAUGUUAGUUCAAGAGCAGGAGCAUCUUCUGAGUUAAAUAAGCUGACAGAUUCCCUGAAAUCCAUGGAUAUUGUCAAUAUAACUUCUGAAGACACAGAAUCGAAGCUUCCUCACAGACUUUCUGAUGAUGCUGGUGAAGCAGUUAAAGAUUCAGGAGUGGAUAGAACUCAAACUUCCGGUGGUCAACCAAUAUUUGUUCCUAUAGUUCUAAGGAUGGCUGACUUUGACCAUAAGGCAUUUCUGGAGGAGUGGGUAGCUACUCGUACUUUCAGGGAGAAGCAUCCUGCCCAGGAUAAAGACAAAGUAAUAACUAACUUGAUGACUAUUCAGGACUACUUGUGUUCCUUUACAUCACAGGGUUCGACUGUUGUUGACGUAUCAGCUGCAACAUUUCCGCAGACACUGGAUUGGCUGCAUAAUUAUCUUCUUGAGUUUAAGAAGGUAAAAACAGAUGGAUAUACAAUGUUAGUCAAAAUCAUUGCGUAUUUUACUCUUACACGGGCUAGCUGGUAG